AUGGAUCCGGAGUACGGGUCCGGGUCCGGGAUGGAGUCGGAGUACGGGUCCGGGUCCGGGAUGGAGCCGGAGUACGGGUCCGGGGAUCCGUAUUCGACGCACGACACCACAGACGGGUAUGGAGGCGGGACGGAGGGGACCUACGACGCCACGGACGGCGCAGAGUCCACCUUCUACGACGCUUCCACGCCGCCCUUUGACGCAACUGCGAGCGACUCGACUGACGUGCCGGACGGUGGGGCCUCGGAGGGCGCUCAGACUCCGACGGCCGACCCCGGCGCAGAGGACCCGGCCGGUCCGACGGCCGACACAGCGGGCGGCUCCGGUACGGACGGCCCCGCCCCCAGCGGCGCGGGGGAGGAGGCCACUCAGACCGAUGUGGAGGAGCAGAGUCUCAGAAGGAAGCGGGAGGCGCGCGUCUCUCAGUCUGACCCCAGGCGGAGCCCUGCGGCCGGCGCCGGUGGCGGGGUGCCGCGGCUGCUGCCGCUGACGGAGCCAGAGGUGCCCGGCGCGCGCCGCCGGCUGGUGCUGGUGCGCCGCCGCCGCUCCGCCGACACCACCGAGGUACCCGGCGCCUGGGCCCAACCGGAGAUGUACGAAGGCUAUAACUUUGAUUCAUCCAACUACUCGAUCACCUAUUUCGACCCGUCGUGCAAGUGUCAGAUGACCUGCAAUCAAUAUGGCUGCUACCAGGAGGACUCCGUCUUUAACCAGCUGGGCAACAACAAGUCGUUCCGCGAGCUGGUGCAGUCGCUGCGGCGCACGCACGGCGACCCGAGCGUGAUGCAGCGCGCCUUCACGCCCAGCGUCGAGGAGAUCCAGCAGUACGGCAUCAAGAGCGCCCAGUUUAUCACGGCCUGCACACUGGACGACGCCAAGUGCUCCCACCAGGACUUUUACCAAUGGCAGAGUGAUGGCUACGGCAACUGCUUCACGUUCAACUCUGGGUUCCGCUACGCUUGGAACCAGGCCACCGGAAAGCUGGAGCACGUGAAGCCCAACAAAACCAGGACGUUCGGCUCCAAGGCGGGUCUGCGUGUCACGCUGAACGUGGACGCCGGCCACUACUCGUCGCUGCUGACCCCGGACGUGGGUGUGCGCGUGGUGGUGCACCCCACCGACCAGCUGCCGUUUCCGGAGGAGCGCGGCUUCAGCGUGGUGCCCGGCUUCACCACCGCUGUCGGCAUCAGCAGGAAGCGGAUCCACCGCGUGGGCCCGCCGCACGGCGUGUGCCGCGAGUUCGCCGAGUUCUUCGGCGGCCGGGAGCUGCGUUACACGACCACGGCGUGUCAGAAGCGGUGUGUGGAGCACGCCAUCCGCACACAGUGUCAAUGCAUGGAGUCGGUGAACCGCGACCUCACCAUGGGGCUGACGCGUGGACUGGCGCGCUGCAACCCGCUCGUCAACAGCACCGCAGACCGGUGUCGCCAGCAGGUGAAAUCCCAGUUCAGCCGCGGCAAGAGCACCUGCGACUGCCCGCCCGCCUGUCUUGAGGACCGGUACGAGAAGGCUCUGUCGAUGAGUCUGCCCAACAAACACUACUACCGAAUUAUGCGCAACUUCACCGACGAGUUCACCGGCACCGAUCUCUGUGAAUCGGACAACAUCUCGAACAGCACGAUCCGACUACAGGUGUACCUGGAGGACCCGUCGUACGAGUACAUCCACGAGUCGCCCGCCUACUCUGUCGAGUCGCUCGUCUCCAACAUUGGCGGCGUGAUGGGCCUCUGCCUGGGCCUGUCGGCGCUGACGCUGGUCGAGAUGGCCGAGUACCUGGUGGAGCUGACCGUCAGCGGAUGGAGCAACUGGCGCAACCGCGGCGAGCGCGCCGCCGCCCGCUCCGGCAUCAAACGCGUCGAGGUGCUGCCCUCCGACCCCAGCACCGGCAUGCAGUGUGUCACCAUCAUCCACACGUUCGAGCGGCCGCCGCCGACCGUCGUCGAGGAGCCGCCGCCGCCCAAACCGCCGCAGGCAGAGCGCGAGGCGCAGACCAAGGUGUCGCUCACGUUCUUCGGCAAGCGGAAGCUGCGCGCCAAGAAGGUGGCCGACGCCAAGAAGUCGCGCUCCAAGAGGGCGCACAAGGCGCGGCGCUAGUCGGCCGGCCGGCCGGCCGCUCGGGCGUGUGGAUGGUGAGACGG